CUGAGGUCCUGGAAUCCGGAUCAGCGGUCCAUGUUUCAAUCGCGCGGUAAUCUCUAGCUGCGUCGGACAUAAUGGACCGGCCAUUCUGUGGCGUGGCAGCGGGAUUCAGAUUACCAUCUGGGCUGCAUGACACAUGCCCAGAGCCAUUGUUGAUCCACCGAACGGGUGCUGUAUCGCGGACUUGACUAAGCCAAAAGUCGCGCGCUGCGGGCUCGGCGGCAGCGUAGGCGGCCUGGUCAUUCGCCGUGUCAGCCCGAAGUUUCUGGGAAUGAUGCGGGAGCUGAUCCUCACCCGCAAGAUAGUUGCUGUAUCCCCCAUUGAGCGCAAGCCACAGUCCAUCUGAUCCCAGACAGGAUCCGACGGGGACGCCAUGAACCGCAGCAUCUCAUCCGAGAGAAUGCUCAUGCUCGUCCCGUCCAGCGCGAUGUGGUGCGCCACCACAUAAAUCGACAUCAUCUCGGGCCCGAGGACAACAAACCAGCGCACGGCGAACUCGUCCGAGAGGGGAACUGGCGCGCGAAGCCGGUUACUGAAAUGAACCGGAGAUGUAACGUGCAGUAUCUGGAUCUGGAGAUGCGCAACCGCAACAUUAGGUGCCCAUUCUGCAACAUAAGGCUCUGCAUGCCGAACAUCGGCAUCGUGCCAGGUGCUGCGAAGAGCGGGAUGACGUCGCACGAGAGCACUUGCCCUGGAGAGCAGUCUCCAAUCUGUAUUCUGAGCGAUCGAGCUCGAGCUUCAUGGCGAGAUUGUACAUGGAAUGAUCAGGCGACAUCUUGUAAGCGAGCCACAGUCCGAGCUGCGAACGGGACAUGCCGUAUGUCGCGAGAUCGUCAGGUGCGCGGUUCAAAGAUGGAGACGAAGGUGCGGGGCCAGUAAGAAGAUGCAUUCUGGGUUUGGAGCUCGAGGUGCAGUGACUAGGCGAGCAUAUCGAAGGGCGUAUUUAAGCAGCCCACAAC